AGUAAACACUCUUUGUACAAUGGCUCGAUUCGUAUUUGUGUUGAUUGUUCUGCAUUUUACCUACUACCAACAAACGGGUGGUAUACACGUACUGUUGGAAAGGUUUGAACAAUCACUUGGACAAGACGUCAUGUGGAUGGACCUGCGGGUGAGAAAAUAUAACCGAACCGCAACUGUUAUAAAUGGGACUGUACAUUUAUAUCAACCAGCUUCCAAUGAUUGGCAAUUUCGUCUGGAUGUUUUUUACAGCCGCCUCGGUAACCAGCAAUUCAAUCACCUGCCGCUUAAACUGCCUACAGCCGGCACGUGUAGUUUUUGGGAUAAUUUACAUGCAGCCUAUCCGGAGUAUAUGAGGAUAUUCGUGAAUGUACCAGAGCAAGGAAUUUGUCCGAUCACUCCGCGAGAAGUAAUGUUGUUGGACGUUGAAUUUCCCAAUGAGGCGGUACCUAAAACGCUAAUUAAUAUAGGAUUAUAUAAGGCGAUAAUUCGGGGUUACUACGAACGAAGGGAGAUUAUUAGUUACAUGCUUGUUUUAAAAGCAAUCGAAAAUUAAUAUCACACACACACACACACACACACACACACACAGACAGAGAGACAGACAUACACAUGCAUCUUGUUGGGCAAACUUGACCAUCGAUUAGUUA